AUGACUUUCACCCUCCCAAUGAGAACCAGCCUCAAGUCUCCCAGCAACAGCGUCACUCUCCUUCCUGCGUUCACCCUUUGCUACGAAGACAAACCAGAAGCACUGGCUCAUCUCCUCGAGAAAAAGACUCCUCUCCCACUCAAGAAUCUCUUCACCAACAAUGAGUUCAUGGCCUAUGUCAUCACCAAGGAGCCAGGACCGAGCGUCCAGUAUGAAAACCUCCGACCAGCUCUUACUGCCUUGCGUCCAUGGUUGCGAGUCUCCGCCAACGGCAGCAAGCUCCUGACCUUCUACAAGGACUUCCUCCAGCUCCACGGCCAAUGGGUCGUCGCAGCGGCCGAGCUGGCAGGCUUUGAAAUCCACACCCAGCUCAUGCACGCCCUUCACCUCCACAGAGGCGACGAGACACUCAUGGCCCACCUCAAGAAACACAUCCCCCAGCUCGCCAGCAAGCUGGCCACAACGCCCAGCCCAAUCACCAACCGCGCCGGAUGGGACGCCUCCGUCAAAACCACUCAGGACAAGCUCAAGUCGAAAGCCUUCUCCUUCGCCGAGCGCCUCCACGCCCUGAAAACGUCCGACACCUUCUGGACCCAGCACGGCCGGCUCCUGGCAGCCAUCGAACUCUCGGAGAAGAAACUCCGCAACCUGCGUGCCGCGAACGCCGGACACACCUCACACCUGGGCUCUGCCCGCCGGCGCAACGACCGCGUCACCGUCCGUCAGCUGGGCACGAGCGGCACCAUCCCUCACCCACCCCAUGUCGAAGAGUCCAUCAGAGACUUCACCAAGGAGGAGAAGGCAAGCUACUUCAACUUCAACGAGACCGUCGUCAGUGCGGCUGCUUGA